AUGGACAAUGGCAUGGUGUCUAGAUUUAUCAUGACCAAAACCCUCCUUGUCUUCUGUGUUUCCAUGGCCUUAUCCAGUCACUUUGGUUUCUCACAAAUGCCAACCAGUUCUGUCCGAGAGGAGACCAAUGACAACAUCACGAUAUUCACCAGGAUCUUGGACGGGCUUUUGGAUGGCUAUGACAACAGACUGCGGCCUGGACUGGGAGAGCGAAUCACGCAGGUGCGAACAGACAUCUACGUUACCAGCUUUGGUCCAGUGUCCGACACGGAAAUGGAAUAUACCAUAGAUGUGUUCUUUCGGCAAAGCUGGAAAGAUGAGAGGCUGCGGUUCAAGGGGCCCAUGCAACGCCUGCCUCUCAACAACCUCCUUGCCAGCAAGAUCUGGACGCCAGACACGUUCUUCCACAACGGGAAGAAGUCCAUCGCACACAACAUGACCACACCCAACAAGCUGCUGCGGCUGGAGGAUGACGGCACGCUGCUCUACACCAUGCGCCUGACGAUCUCUGCUGAGUGCCCCAUGCAGCUUGAGGACUUCCCCAUGGAUGCCCACGCUUGCCCCCUGAAAUUUGGCAGCUAUGCUUACCCUAAUUCUGAAGUCGUCUACGUUUGGACCAAUGGUUCAACCAAGUCUGUGGUUGUGGCAGAAGAUGGCUCCAGGCUCAACCAGUACCACCUCAUGGGGCAGACAGUAGGCACUGAGAACAUCAGCACCAGCACAGGCGAAUACACAAUCAUGACUGCCCAUUUCCACUUGAAGAGGAAGAUCGGGUACUUUGUCAUCCAGACCUACCUUCCCUGCAUCAUGACGGUCAUCUUAUCCCAGGUGUCCUUUUGGCUAAAUCGAGAGUCUGUCCCAGCUAGGACGGUUUUUGGAGUGACCACAGUGCUGACCAUGACGACACUCAGCAUCAGUGCCCGGAACUCGCUGCCCAAGGUGGCCUAUGCCACAGCCAUGGACUGGUUCAUCGCUGUCUGCUAUGCAUUUGUCUUCUCUGCUCUGAUUGAAUUUGCCACAGUCAACUACUUUACCAAGAGAGGAUGGGCCUGGGAUGGCAAGAAGGCCCUGGAAGCAGCCAAAAUCAAGAAAAAAGAACGCGAACUCAAACUAAAUAAGUCAACAAACGCUUUUACCACUGGGAAGUUGACUCAUCCUCCAAACAUCCCAAAGGACCAGCUGCCCGCAGGGAGCGGGAAUGCAUCUUCCGCUCCCGCCAAACCGGAAGAGAAGACGGCUGAGAGCAAAAAGACCUAUAACAGCAUCAGCAAGAUUGACAAGAUGUCCCGGAUCGUCUUCCCUAUCUUGUUUGGCACUUUUAACUUAGUCUACUGGGCAACGUAUUUGAAUAGAGAGCCCGUGAUAAAAGGGGCCGCUUCUCCAAAAUAA